UGUACGGCUAGGAGAGGCGGAUGGGGAUUGAGCUCCAUCCACGUGGCUGGGUGACAUUGCGAUAGCGAAUCCACGUGGCGGUCUGACAUUCCAGUUUGGGGCGCGACGUGGCGCUUUGGGGGUCGAGCAAAUGGCGCCAAGAGCCGUGGGUAAUCGAGAUAUGGCGGGAAACACAGGGCCAGGCCCUCGUCUGUGGGGCCAUGAUAACGAAGAGCGGCUGGCUGAUCGGCGGCUAGGAGGAGGAGGAGGAGGAAGAGGAGGGAAAGGAGGAGGGGAUAGAAUUCGGCGGGAAGAAGAUGAUGAACAACGUUUUCGAAGAAUGAUGGCAGAAACUUUUGGUGAAGCUCUCAGAGAAGCAUCGUCCAUUAUAUCAGAUUACAUUGAACGGAGGAGGAGAGCGGCUGAAGAAGGAGAUAUGGAGUUUGCAGCGGGAGUUUAUCACAAGCUAUGUUUCAAUUUUCCGCGGGAGAGAACAGUAUUUCGGUGGAUUAAGCAGGGGCAAGCGGCAGAGCCGAAAGGCUACGGGCAGUAUUGGGUUCGUUGCAGGUUGUGCAAGACAGUCUUCACAGUCUCAGCAACUCGAGUGGUUGAGCACUUCCUUAAGAAGGGGAAGCUGUGCAUAGCCAGGACAGGCGAGGUGCUGCACUUGCUUGCGCUAGACGGGGUGAAGAUCGAUGGGAAAGCGGUGAAGAGGAUGCUACAUGCCUACAGGGCGGAAAAGGGCAUAGCCGAGGAUACGGGGAUGACGCCCCGGGGGGUGGUGGAGAAAGCAGUCCUGGAUGAGAUGGAGGCGCUUAUUCGUCCGCCUCCGGUACCGAGGAGAGAGGACUCGGCAGUGGUGUGUGAUGCAGCAGCCCACACAUCCAUGAAAGGAAACAAGAAGGCGAUAGAGGGUGAUCCAGUGGGGGCUGUUGCAGGUCCUUCGUGUGAGGCUUCCACGACUGUGGCGAAGUCGGGGAAGAAAACACAAACCUCGAUCUGCAAAUGGGCUGAGAACACAGCGCAGAAGAGACUGGACCUACAAUGGGGGAGAGCUCUUUGUCGUUCCGGGGUCCCCUUCAACUUUGUGCGACAAGACGAGACCAAAGCGCUCCACGAAUUGUACAUGGAGUUGGGCGCACAAAAGGCAAAGACCCAAAUGACUUCCUUCAAGACUAUGCGGACCACAGUACUAGACGCGUUGUAUGACGAAGUGAAGCUGACAGUGCAACCCAUCAUGGAUAAGAUGGAUAUCUCGGGUUGCACGCUGAUCACUGAUGGUUGCACGGAUAGGAAGUUCAGGCCUGUCUUGAACUCCAUUGCUGCGGGGGAUGGAGGGGCGGUCCUGGUGAAGGUGUGCGGAUUCUUCGACAUGUGGGGCACAUUCUUCGACGAUCCAAAGGAUCCCAACCCCCAAGACCCAGCAGUCUUGCCGGGGCCAUUGGACGACACAGCGGAGGAGGCGGCACGCCUUAUGAGACUGAGGAAAGCGCUGAGAGGGAGGAUAUUGAAAGGUGACGAAUACGAUGACACAUCCAACUCCGAGGAUAUUGAGGAUCUUAUUUGGAACGGGAAAGGAGGUACUGCACAAGCGAGGAGUCAACCAGCGCGACUAGCAAAAGGAAAGGCUCAGAUCGAUUUGGACGCCCAGGAGGAGGAAGAGGAAGAGAACGAGGACGAGGACGAGGACCCGAACUUCGAGUUAUGCCCACUCGGUGACGGAAGCGAAUCUGAUCAGGAUCGGGAUGACAGCCCAUCAUUGAUCGAUCCUCGUUUCUUGAGAAAAGCCCAACAGGGGUGCACAGAGCAGUCCACUCAGAACAUUGUUGAAAGGGCCGCAGCGAGGGCCCUUGCUGAGAGGGAUCGUGAAAUUGUGCAGCAGAGGGUUGAGCAGGACAAUGCAAGGCGUGUGGCAGUCCCCCCUCUUUCAAGAGCAAGCAGGGCACAAGCUGUGCAGUCAACAACCAGUCCUGCUGCAGCAGACUCCACGGCAAGACCAGAAGCGGGCGGUGCGACAGAGGGAGUAUUAGCAUUCACGGAGUGCCAACAUCAGCAGGAGCGGCGGCACCAGAACGAGAAACAGCAGGAUAUGCAGCAGCAGGACGAGCAGCAGCUGCAGCAGUGCAGCGCCGAGUUGCAUCAACAAGAGUAUGUGCAGCAGCAGCAGCAACAAAAGUGGGAGGAUAUGCAACACAAGGAGGAUGCCCGGCAGCAGCUGGAGGAUGCGCAACAGCGUCAGCAACAACAGAAGCAGCAUGAGCAGCAACAUGAGGAGCGACAUAAAUAGCGGAAACCACAUCAGCAACAGGAACAAUACCACCUUCAUGAGGAGCAUCAGGAGGAUGCGCAACAUCAGCUCUACGAUG